AUGAUCAUAAGGUUUUCGAUCGAUGUUCGAGAACAUCCAAUCUUGGCUACACUGCGUUGUGCCCCCCCGUCUCGGCUCGACCGGACCAUGCAUUACGCUGCAGACGUCACUGCCCAUGUGUGGUUCCUGAUUUCCGCGCUCCCUUUACGCCGUAAAUGGCAGUUUUCAACAUCUCUGCUCACGUUGCAAGUGACGGCGGAGGACAAAGUCCGGUCAGCCGCUGGCCGUGGGAACAUCACACGAAUUGGCCGCGUUCAACAUCUCCUCGAACGCCUUCGGUUGUCAUCGCGGUCAGCUGCUCAUCAAGACGCACAUGGAGUCACUGCGAAGUUCAACAUAGAGUUUUCCUUUUCGUAA